AUGACCGAAUUAAUCGAAAGCACAUUGUGCCAGACGUGCAAAGCGAUAUUCCAGGCGGGCGCGAUAAAGAAUGAAUCAGGCGAGAUCCCGCAUCACGGUCUCGAAGCGCUGGCCGCUCGCGCCAGCAAAUGUCAUCUAUGCCUAACGAUAUUCAUGUCCAUUGACCCCGAGGCAUAUCAGACUUUCCGCCGGGGCUCGAUGGUUGACUCGGUUGGAUACGCGUGGAUUUCACCCAUUGCACGUGAUCAAGCACGUUUGAAGUUUCGAUACGUCAAGCCUGGGGUCCAUGGACAGGGUUCUGGACAUGCAGAGGCGAGUUCGAGCAGGAUGACACCGACUUCGCAUAGUUCCAAAACGAGCUUGUCUUUGUCCGAGGCGGACACUACGCUGGUGGUGGAGUUGAUUCUGAUGAAUCCUAAAUAUGCUGUCGAACCAGGUGUCAGGACCAUUGAUCCCAGAUCAGUAAAUACCGCCUCUAAGGAGAGCUUCGAUCUCGCCAGGCAGUGGAUCCAAGACUGUACCUUCAACCACAUGAAGUGUUCGGUCAACGAAACCAACACCUCAUGGAAGCCUACACACCUUCUGGAUGUGACAGUCCGUGGUCCCAAGGGUGCUCCAGGGGUUAAACUUGUCGACGGGAUGUUUGUGGACCCCCUGAGCGAGUAUGUGACACUCUCACACUGCUGGGGAAGAUCCAAGUCGAUCCGGCUCCACAAAGGAACACUCAGUGCCCUGAGACAAGGUGUGAGUGUAGCGGGUCUCCCAAAGACGUUUGCCGAGGCUUGCACGACCGUUGAACGUCUCGGAUUCCGAUAUCUCUGGAUCGAUGCAUUAUGCAUCAUGCAUGACAAGGAGCAAGCCGUCUUGUCUGAGAUUGCACAGAUGCAUAAAGUCUACUCGGAAGCGACUCUCAAUAUUGCAGCAACCUCGUCACGAGAAGAUGCUAGUGGAUUAAUCUACUCGCGCAAUGUUACUGCUCUUCAACCAUGUAUAGUCGAGGUGGGAGGCGUUGGCAUCGACGAUGGAAUGUACAAAAUCCUGCGCUCCACCAUCUGGCACGACCUGGUGGACUCAUCGCCUUUGAACCAACGUGCCUGGGCAUUCCAAGAACGCUGUCUGGCUAAGAGAACUCUCCACUUCACACGCAACGAGCUCCUUUGGGAGUGCCAACAGAUGUGCUGUUCCGAAGUAUUUCCCAAGGGACUGCCUGCGACCAUGGGACCGCCAUCAAGCCAAGAAUCCGUCGAGUUCUUCAGCAAACGCAUCCACCACCAGCGUCACGGCAACUGGCACCAACUGGUCAAGAUGUACAGCCCGAAACGCCUAACAUACUCGUCGGACAAGCUCCUCGCGGUCGCUGGGCUCGCGAAACAAUACAUGGCGCGCAAUCGCCUCCGAGAAGCCGACUACCUAGUGGGGAUGUGGCGACCGCAGCUACCGCACGCAUUUCUAUGGCGGGUGGAGCAAGGACGGCGACCGACGCAGUACCGGGCACCGACGUGGUCGUGGGCAUCGAUCGAUGGCGAGGUCAAAUACCCAGAGCCGGCGCAGGCGAUGCGCGAGACGUGCAUCGAGAUCAUCGAGAUCAACAUGAAAUACAAGCAGGACAACUUCGGGCUCGUCGAGUCUGGCUCCAUCCAAGUCCGCGGCUUCAUGGCGCGUGGCCUCCUUCGCCGCACCCACGACUACUGGGGCCAAACCCCGUGCGUGAUCCAGUGCACGCGGGCGCAGAUUGAGCUGGAGAACGCGUCCUUUGACGACCGGCUGCCCAAGCUGUCGGAGGCGAGCGGCAUGCUCACGGAGCAGCUGGAAGUGUAUCUCUUACCGGUGAUCGAUGUGGUGGACCGGGUGGAGGGCCUGUUGCUGUGCGCGACGAUGAAGAAGGGAGAGUUCCGCCGGAUCGGGUCUUUUGACGUCUCGCGCUAUGAUCAGGUCAAUUGGGAUCGCUUCCGUAGCGUCAUGAAGGGUGAUCCCGACAUGGACAAUUAUCAGGAACGCCUCGAUCAUACCAAUGGAUAUUGGUUCGCCAGUGAUUAUACUUAUACCAUCAAUAUUAUUUGA